CACUCAUUGUUUGACAGAAAGAGUCGGAAAACGGAUGUUCGAUCAUUCUCUUGCUAGUCCUAACGUGGUGUAAAAGUGCCGUGUUUCGAAUUACCCUGCUGUUGAAUUUUAACUCAAGUCGCCGAAAAACGCUUUAAAAUGGCCGAUGAAUACUUUUAUGGAUCUACCUUGGAUGAAAGCAACAAGUCAGUGACCUGGGAUCCGGACACCAAAGCCGACAACUAUCCCAGGACACACAAGCUCAUCAUCAAACAGUGCAUCCUCGGUCACCAGGCCGCCGCUGACGAGUUCAACGUGGUGCAGGUCGAAACGAUGACCAUCCGGGACACUCUGCGCAUUCCGAUUGCCGUGCUGAAAGUGGGCGAGGCCCGCCAGUGCCGAUUGGAUCUGGAGUUCUGCGACUCGCCCGUCACAUUCACGCUGCUCGAGGGCAAGGGACCGGUACACAUCCACGGACAGCAUCUGCUCGGGUCGCUGGUCGAAGAGUUUGAGGACAUGGAGGAGAUGGAGGAAGAGGUUCCAGAGGAGGAGGAAGACGACGAAGAUGAGGAUGAGGAUGGCCCACAGAAGAAGAAACAGAAGCUGACCAAUAACUCAAAGCCGAAGCCAAGCGUAGGGGGACCGGCGGGAAGUAAUAACGCUAAAAAUAGCAAACCCAAAAAAUAAACUGCCACCCACUGCAACCCGUCAGUAGUCGUUUCUAUCAAUCAGGAACCUAGGCGGAGCUAAUAAAUGAACGGCGAAAGUCGUUUGUUGAUCACCUCACUCCAGAUCCUUCUUUUAAAAGUACACUAUUACCCCAUAACUAACAAUAUACAACAUCAACAUCUAUAUAUUAUGAACUAAUUACAUUCAGCAACUAGCAGACAAUUGUAAAACGAUCGUAAGUGAUAAAUACGCUAAAAUCAACUUAAAUGGUUAUACCAUUCCUUUUUUUCGAAAAAAAAGAACCUACAUCAGCUGCACCAGUUAGCGAAGAAAAGGGGAAAUAAGGGCAAGUUGCUCUUUUAAUACAGUGAAAUAAAACAAAAACUACACAAACAUAUGAAAAAACAAAACAAAACAAAAUUAGUUUGUAAGAAGAGAAAACCACCCCCCAAAUUGCCCCCGAUGCUUAGCUGCUAAAAGUGAAGAGAAUUACCUAUGGUUAGAAAACACGACAGUACUGCUAUUAUUUAUACCUAUUUUAGUUUUUGUACAUUUCUCGGACAGUAAAGUUGGAAUACUACCAAACAGUCUAGGAAUAUAUUUCAAUCGAAAAAGUUGUGCUUUUGAAGUUACGAUCAGAAGGAAGGGGUAAUCUCUCGAGGUCACAUGUGUGCUACGGGAUCACAGAAAGCGUGCGCAUACGGGGGCAGGGUUUUGAGAAAAACAAAUAAAAAAUCACAUAAAAAAAUGCA